AUGAUUAGUCUGACGGAUUACCGUCAUCCCAGUUAUGUAUUGGCAUCAUAUCAUCAUUGGUUUCACUAUCUUGGCAUACUAUUUUUGUUCCUUGACAAGCUGUUUGCUCCAGCAACGAGGCUUUAUGCAGUUGGAUGGCCACAUAAGAGCCAUGUGACAAAGCUUGCGAAUUUGGUGAUUGUCUCCCUUGACACUGCAGAUUUACCCACAAGGCUUCCUUCUUCCAGUGUUUUGAGACCUAGGGUAGUUUAUGACCUCAGAAGAAUCCUGUGA